AGCGGCCGGAAGGAGCAGGAAUACCUGACAGAAGAUUGACUGUGACCGGAGCUGUGCAAAGGAGACGUCGGCCAUGGAGCUGGGGGAGCUGCUCUACAACAAGUCCGAGUACAUCGAGACGGCAUCUGGGAACAAAGUUAGUCGCCAGUCAGUGUUGUGUGGAAGUCAGAACAUCGUUCUUAAUGGCAAGACCAUUGUGAUGAAUGACUGCAUUAUCCGUGGGGACCUGGCAAAUGUAAGAGUUGGGCGCCAUUGUGUUGUGAAAAGUCGGAGUGUCAUAAGGCCACCAUUCAAGAAAUUCAGCAAGGGUGUUGCAUUCUUUCCUUUACAUAUUGGGGACCAUGUUUUUAUCGAGGAAGAUUGUGUGGUCAACGCAGCUCAGAUUGGUUCUUACGUUCACGUUGGCAAGAACUGUGUAAUUGGACGCCGAUGUGUGUUGAAAGACUGCUGCAAAAUCCUUGACAACACAGUGUUACCUCCAGAAACUGUGGUCCCACCAUUCACAGUCUUCUCAGGAUGCCCAGGACUUUUCUCAGGGGAGCUUCCAGAGUGUACUCAAGAGCUGAUGAUUGAUGUCACCAAGAGCUACUACCAGAAGUUUUUGCCCUUGACACAAGUGUAGUAUCUCUGCUUCAUGUCUGGAAUUUGCUUGAGCUCUAAGAUGAACUUGGGGACAGAGCGAGCCAGUCUGCUCUACAAAGAGCUCUUGUGUCUCUGAUACCAUCCUCCUCCCAUUUUUUUUCUUUUUAAAUUCUUUAGAAUUUCUCAAUUCUUCAAGGCUUUGAGCUCUUAAGAAUUUAAUAACAGAACAUCUGGAGGAGUUGUCUUCAAAUACUGUGCUUACCCCUUAUCUGUUAACGGUCACUUUUUACCAUUA